AUGAACUGUAACCCUCACUAUGGUAAAUGCAUGGCUGGCUACCUGUUGUAUCAUGAUGGUGUGGUACCCAAAGAUGUUGAUGCUACCAUUGCAGCCAACACACAGUGCGUUCUGCACACCACAGCCAUUGCUGAGGCCUGGGCUUGUCUAGAUCACAAGCUUGACCUGAAACAGGCCAAACAUGCCUUUGUUCACACGUAUGUGCAUAAAGAGAUAGAGCAAGGGAAGUUUUUUGGUGUCCAUGAGGAUGCAGCUGCCCUAAAGGAGGACUGUGAGAAUGGGGGAGAACUACGUAUGGGUUCUGCUGAGCAGGAGGAAUAA